CUCCAACACGAGCUACACAUGUGACGCGAUACUUCUUCACGGCCACUUCACCUGCUCCCUGUCCAAAAUGCUGACAUUUGAACGUCGGGAUCGUCAGAUGCGCGUGGUUGUUGCCAAAGGGACGGGAUGGAGACCGCGCGCGGCUCGCGUUCAAAGCACGCCUCUCCACAUUACGUCACGUCUCAAACAUUCACUUGCCCUUUCCCAUCGUGGUGUUCAUCAGUCAGGCGAGAACUACUGCACAUGCCUUCAAGAGAAUAAGUUGUUCUCAUCUUAUCACUUCAGUCCGUGAUUGAUUGGCCUGUCUCUCUCACAUCGGGAGCUUCUCUUGCUCAAGAACCCCUCCUUCUCCACACUCCAGUGCAGCUGACCUGCUCACCGAUCCAACCCAUUGCCCUGCAACAUCGCAGGCAUGGCUGAGACACACCACUUCGACGCGGCCAGCCUAUUCUCCAUGAAAGGCCAUGUCGCUGUCAUCACCGGCGGCGGUACGGGAAUUGGUCUAAUGGCCACCCAGGCCCUCUCGCAGAACGGCGCGAAAGUCUACAUUACUGGUCGACGCAUGGACGCGCUGGAGAAUGCAGCCAAAAAGCAUCAGCCCAAGGAUGGGACCGGCGGCGAGAUCAUCCCAAUUGGCCCCUGCGAUGUCACCAAAAAGGACGACCUCGAAACACUGGUCGCGGACAUCCAGAAGAAGGAAAAGUACAUCACGCUGUUGAUGGUCAACGCCGGCAUCACUGGCCCCAAGACCAAGCCGGAUGAAGACGACGCCGACGAUCUGAAGAAGAAACUCUGGGAGAAUGAGAGUGUGGCAGAUUGGCAGGAAGCCUUUGAGACGCUCGUCACCGGCGUUUACUUCACCACCGUCGCCUUCCUGCCCCUUCUCCAGGCCGCAAUUCAGCCGAAAGGGCCACAGGAGAAGUUCGGCGCCAGUGUCAUCACCACCUCUUCCAUGAGUGGCAUCAUGAGAGACGCCCAAGGUCAUUUUGCAUACAACACUGCAAAAGGAGCAACAGUCCAUCUGACCAAGCUCAUGUCUUCCGAGUUCUUGCGUGCUUCCAUUCGCGUCAACUCCAUCGCACCAGGAUAUUUUCCCUCCGAACUCACAGAUCCCACGCACGAGUCGGACGACAGACAGAAGUCAAAUUUUCCUCAGAAGAAAAUUCAGCAAUACAACCAUGUUCCCAACGAAAGGCCUGGCCGCGAGGAGGAGAUGGGCAUGACGGUCCUGUACCUUGCCAGGAACGAGUACGUCAACGGUGAGAUCAUCGCCGUUGAUGGGGGCGUCCUGAAUGUUGUUCCUGGCCGAUGAACGGAGAUUAGAACAAUCCAAUGCAUAGACAUAGGCGCCUUUGACUUGGCUAGAGGCAUAGAUGUAGAUGGGGCGGAUUGCCCGGCCGACAUGCGUUCUCUCUACUCAACCAUUCAUGAAAAGUCGGGACGAGAGAUGCUCCUGGGCACAUCACCUUUCUGUAGUGUAAGGGAGAGAUGCCGCACUGCCGCUGCAUCCACCUAAA